GGAUGGUUGGAGGGAUGUCUGGAGGGAUGUCUGGAGGGAUUGUUGGAGGGAUGGCUGGAGGGAUAUUUGGAGGAAUAGCUGGAGGGAUGGUUGGAGGAAGGGGUGUGCUCUCAUUGCAGAAGGCCCGGGUAUUGCACAGGCAUGCUGCUGCGUUACUGCUCAAGUCACCCACCAGGGGAUGCGUUUGCCUUGCCAGAAGCCGUCUCUUUAAUCCCUGGGAAAAGCGUGCCUUUUCCUUCCUUCGGCCACUUGCUGGGAGGGCUCGGCUCCUCGGAGAUUUUACCAUAAUCUGAGCUCAAUCUAGUGGCUGCCCAAAGGCCCUGUUUCAGCAGAUGUGCCUGACAGGAGCAGUGGUGCUUCAUUAUAUGAGAUUUCACAUUGCUGGCCCACAAUACAAGACAAGUCUUUGACCUCUGGUGCGCACAUUUUGCUCAGGUAAGGUUUGUGAAAACAUUGAGAACUGUACUGUUAUGUGCUUGGCUAAUCAGUUUGCUCAUUUCUGUGUGAUUUUGAGGCAAUUUGCCCAUCACAGCCCUGCACACACGUGGGCACUGUACUGGAGUGGGGAUGGAACAAGGAGAGCUUCUGCAGAGAGAAUCAACUUGUCAUGACUUGCUCCAGCUGUGGCUGAGGGCUUCAUCCCAGCUGGACACCCAGGGUGGACUUGGCAAUGUCAGCCAGAACAUGCUCUAUAGCUGGCCAGCAGUGAAAAAGAAACUUGCUCUGACGUCUCUUUGUCAGGGAGGUUAUUUUAAAUUUGAGUUUACUGGGCUUGUAGGCAUUGUUUUUACCUUGAGCAGUGUAGGAAACUCUGUAGAAAGAAAUGCUGCUCCUGAGAGUGUGAGGUGCUUCAGUCAUUUAGGCCAACAUUUCUAUCAUAUCAGGACACUGAAUCUUCCUCUGAAUUUCUAGAGGGAGGCUUUCCACCAGCACUGGGAAAUACCUAUGGGUCUUGAUGGGUGGGAAGGGUCCUACCCCAUCCUUCCAGAGGUGUUACUACCCUAAGGGAUUUUAAGUUACUCCAGACAGAGAGCUCUGGAGAAGGGUUAUAUUUAUGGUAGGCAAGCCCAGGUUGCCAUGGAUUUCUGGCUGCUGUGAUAGAUUUUCUGUUUCCCUAAGGAAACUGUAGCAGUGGGCAAUGUGGUGAUAAAUGGGAAAGACUGUGUUCCCUCAGUGGGAAGCAAGCUGCAGGUCUGGGGCAGAAAACCCCAGGGAGCACCCCUGGUUGAGGGCACCCCAUGUUCUCAGAUACAAAGGGUGUCUCUGUUUUUCCUACCUCUGCCUGCAGGAAAGGUGUCAGUGGGGUGUUGAAGCAGGUUCACCUCAAGGGCACAUUUUUUUUAAAUGAAAAACUCUGCAGAAGGAAGUGUGUUCAUAUCUGUGAUGCUUAUUUUUCUCUGAAGGAAGAGACAUUUUUAUUGUCCAUUGUAGUUAGUUAUUUACUAUGUAAUUAGUGGGUCUAGUUAAUCUUGCAUGUUUCAUCUCUUCAGGGACCAGAUGUCAAAGACAGCUUCAGAAAAAUUUGACAGCUCUAGUUUUCCUGCAACUUUGAUAAAAUGCUAUCAGCAGAACAUUUCCCUAAACUUGUCUCCAAUCUGUAUAGCCUUGAUAUUGCUCUUAGUUUCACAGGAGAAAUGAACCUGAGCUACUCUUCCUUGACCUUAGCAGGGUGAUAGCUAUACAGAAAAUGCUGUCUUCUCUCUGGGUCACGUGAAAAGCCUCUGGCAUGAGCUUGUGAGAACUGCUGUGGGCAGCAGAAGGUUGCUUGCCUAACUUCCAGCUGUGGAUGCUGUACAUCUACAAAGGACAAUUGCACCUUGAGCUGAGGCCAGUGUGCUUAUUUUCUAUCAAAGUUUGCAUUUUAAAUUAUUUGAUUUGGUAGGUUGUGCUCAAGUUCUGCUGUUAUCGCUUUAAACUGCACAAUUGGUGACAUGCACUAGUCCUCCGUCCUACAUAAUGAAUAUGAAGAUUUAAUACAGGAGAUAGUUAGAAAAGUGGAAGGUAAGAAAUAUGGUGUUCAGGAAUAGCCAAGGAUUGAUGAAAGAGCCCAAGACACUUAUGAAUGCAGAGAAAGGCUGGUGUGAAAGCCUGGCUCCCCUAGGACACUCACUGGGGUGUCCUGAGUGUUCCAGCCAAAGGGAGCACCCCAAGUGGGCAUGGAGGACAGCACCACAGCUGAGGUGGGCACCUGGAAUCACCUCCCAAGGAAUGUUUGAAGCCUGGAUAGUCCUGGACUUCUGGCCAGGCUCUCGUGAUCCACAAUCCAUCAGUGGAGAAAUCCUAAUGCAUGGAAGAGAGGAAGAAAGAGGCUGCUCUAACUGGCAGGUUCUCCCAACCACAUGUCCUUCUGGCAGCUACGUGGGUGUCAUGGGGAUUGAAGGAAAAGAAAGAUUAAAGCAACCGCUAUACCUAACCACUCUGCUUUGCUCUGAUAAGAUGCCAGAAUUAGAUGACUUCUACUGUAACAAGGUUCUUUGUGUGGGUGUAGCAGCCCCUCCCCAUACCUAGCGGAUACACUCCAGGGAAAUUUUGCAAGUGCGGUUUUAAGCUGCACUAACUUGCCUGAUGUAGGACGAUGCUCACUUUCUACCUAAACUUCCCAUUACUGAGUGCCUGCUGCUUGGAUGAACUGGGACCCACAUGCAGUCUCUAAAGGCUUGUCAUCUCAAGAAGUACUGAACUUGGACUUGGGAUAUUUUCCCAGAUGCAAGGCAUGCAUUACCAAAGACCCUGAACAUACCCGCAUGAGACCGGAAGGAUUUGCAGGGCAAUACAAAGCAAUGGGCUCUAGGGCUCCUUGUGCAGCUGGGAAUGCAGAGGAAGAUCUUCAGGGAGAGGCAGACUCUGUGGCUGUGGGCCAGCCAUGUCCCGAGCCUCGCCACGGAGAUGACACGAGGUCUGUGCUCCCUGAGACACGAGCUUGCUCCUACAGCAGCCUUGGUCCCAGAGCGCAGGACCAAAUGCACACGUUUUUAAUAAGCGACCGUGACAGAGACCCCCAGUGUAACCUGCAUUGCUCCAGGUCCCAGUCCAAACCCCUGUGUGCCUCUGAUGGCAGAACAUAUGAGUCGAUGUGUGACUACCAGAGAGCCAAAUGCCGUGAGCCGAGUCUGAGUGUGACACAUCGUGGCCGCUGCAAAGAUGCUGGCCAAAGCAAGUGUCGAUUAGAGAGAGCUCAAGCGCUGGAACAGGCAAAGAAGCCCCAGGAAGCAGUCUUCAUCCCAGAAUGCAAUGAGGAUGGAUCAUUCAUGCAGGUGCAGUGCCAUACCUACACUGGAUACUGCUGGUGUGUGACACCUGAUGGCAAGCCUAUUAGCGGCUCUUCUGUACAGAACAAAACUCCUGUAUGUUCAGGUUCUGUAACUGAUAAACCAUCAAGCCAGGGUAAUUCAGGAAGGAAAGUUUCUUUUCGAUUCUUUCUAACCCUCAAUUCAGAUGAUGGUUCGAAGCCAACGCCUACCAUGGAAACCCAGCCUAUUUUCGAUGGAGAAGAAAUCACAGCACCCACCCUUUGGAUUAAGCACUUGGUCAUCAAAGAUUCCAAAAUGAACAGCUCCAAUAUAAGGAAUUCAGAAAAAGUUGACUCCUGUGACCAGGAGAGGCAGAGCGCCCUGGAGGAGGCCCGGCAGAACCCGCGUGAGGGUAUCGUCAUCCCCGAGUGUGCUCCUGGAGGACUCUACAAACCAGUGCAAUGCCACCAGUCGACUGGGUACUGCUGGUGUGUCCUGGUGGACACAGGACGUCCCCUGCCUGGCACUUCCACUCGGUAUGAGACCCCAGUGUGUGAAAGCGAUGCCAGAUCAAAGAGCACAGAGGUUGAUGAUCCCUUCAAGGACAGAGAACUUCCAGGCUGCCCAGAAGGGAAGAAAGUUGAAUUUAUUACCAGCUUACUUGAUGCUCUGACUACGGACAUGGUACAGGCUAUUAACUCAGCAGCACCUACUGGGGGUGGGAGGUUCUCUGAGCCAGACCCCAGCCACACACUAGAGGAGCGAGUGGUACACUGGUAUUUCAGCCAGCUGGACAACAACAGCAGCAAUGACAUCAACAAGCGGGAGCUAAAGCCUUUCAAACGUUAUGUGAAGAAGAAAGCCAAGCCCAAGAAAUGUGCCCGGCGUUUCACUGACUACUGUGACCUCAACAAGGACAAGUCAAUCUCUCUUCAGGAGCUGAAAGGGUGUUUGGGAGUCAGCAAGGAAGGAGGUAGCCUGAGCAGUUUGCCUAAUGGAAAAAGACAAGGCCUUAACCCUUUCAGUCGCCUGGUGUAGCAGCAGAAGACAAGAAGGGAAGGCAGGAGCUGACCCAAAGGAAGAAAAGAUCCAGUGACAGAUGGACAGACACCUUGCUGCUUGUGAGCAAGCACGCAGCAUCAGCAACAUCCAGCGUAGCAGAAGUGGCACCCAGAACAUUUGCACUUUUAAAAAUUGAUUUGGGUUUGUUUUUAAUUGCUUUUCAGUGCCAUUAUCUAAUACUUUGGAAAGUGGAGGGAAGCAGGAUCAUGACUUUUUAAAAUUGGAACAGCUACUGAUGAUGUAAAAUUGAGUUCACUAGGACUCAAAGAAUUUUAUAUACUGUAUAUAAAUAUAUAUGUAAAUUGUACAGUUGUCUUGUACAGGGCUUGGAGUCACUGUUCUGUUCCUCCCUUUGCUUUUGAAGGCUAUUAGGGUUAGAGGGACACUUUGCAUUUAAUGGAUGAUAGUAAUGCUUUCAUUUCUGCCACCAAACCAUCAUUCAGCAGCAAGCCUUAAGAGCACCUCCAUGCAGAAAGGAGCCAGUGUAUCAGCAUGAAUUGUUCUUGCAGAUGUGCAUGCAGUGCCCCAGACACAAAAUGCUUCUUGAGAGCAGCUGAACCCCUUGUCUUUAAAACUCUCUGCAACUCAGGCAGUUGGGCUUUUGAGAGCACAGAUUUCAUGUAAGUAUUGGUGCACUGCAAAGCUGCUUAAAGUAGGGAUAGAAAAGGGUUGUAUUAGAGAAGUACAAAAGUAGUUUAUGCACUUGUUGCAGUUGGGCAGAAAUGAAAUACAAACGCAUUGCUAUUCAUGCUCAGAUAACAUGCUUAGCAAAGAUGUGCCAUGCCUCUGGAAUCUAAAGCUGUAGGAAGGAUGUGGAAGCCAUAGGCCUAGUAGAGUCAGUGGAGUGAAGUCUUGCAUCUUCCGCUCUGACAAAGUGUUCAUCUGUAUGUUGUACAGCAAUAAACAUUUUGAGAAGCCUGCUAAAAGCAGCACCAGCCUGCCUCGUGCUUUGCUGAAGAGCAAGGAACAUAUUUGUCAGUGCAGACAGACACAGUUGUGCUGCUGGUCCCCAAGAGUCUGCUUUACUUCUUUCAGCAGUACAGCCUGGGCCAUGCUCACUGGUGAAGGUCUGUCAGCAGUGACUUUUCAUGUCCUUGGUGGUUGUGAAUCCAAGCUCUCCUCCUGCACAGUGGUGUGCCUGCCCACUUUACCUGUUCUGCUGUUGCCAGUACCUCGUGGGUACUGUGGCACUGGGGUGUGAUUAGCAGUAACAGUGAAGGCUUGGAGUGAGGAGUCUGGUGUUCUUGGAGGCCACAGGGGCUGUGUCAACCCCUAGUAGUUUUACCAAAGUUGUUUCUUUGGCAGGGGUGCCCAUAUCAGCAAUCCUUGAUUGGGCAGAGUGUGAUGGGACACGCAGGGCUUUGCUUUGUGUAUUUCCAACCACUGGCAGCACUCACCCGUUCUGAGCAGCCUGCCACUUCAGACCUGAUGAUCCUUCUGUCACUUACCUCUGGACCAAGAACCUGCUAGAAGAAACUAUAGUGAAGGUGAUGAAAUGACAUGCUAAUACGAGAUCACACCAACAAUUACUUGUAAUAGCAAUAGGCUACUCUAGAGACUGGAGUCAUCCCUCAAGGCUCUGUUACUUUGGUAAAAGAUGACACAACACAGCAUCUUCACUCUAGGAUGUCAUCAUGACAAUAGCAUGAGAUAAAUACAUCAACAAAAAAAAAGUGUCCUGAUGCAGUAAGUUAGUGCUUGUUGACAAAAUGGAAAGUUAAAUAAAAGAAAAACUAACAAGCCUUUCUAUAAAUAACUGUUUAAGCAUAGUAAUAACUCUUCCUCUGGGAAGUAUAUUGGAGCUAAUUAAAAUAUAUGGCAGGUUCAAAACACUUCUGGUAAUAUCUGAAAUAUACAUGAUAAUAUAAAGAAGUCUUCUCUUUAGAAAGAGCAGAUCUUGCUGCUGGAUUUUCAUGGUUUCUCACAUACAAUGUAUGUGCUAUUUUGGCCCACAAGCUCCCACCUUCUUGAUUGCUUCUUCUCUUUUUGUUCUUUGGCUUUUGGUUUUAUUUUUGGGUUUUUUUGUUUGUUGUUUUUUUUUUUUAAUGCCCUUGGCACAUCUUUUGUGUGUUGAAAGAAGUUGAUUUAGUGUAUAGUUAGAAAUGUCCAUGUCACACUCACUAAUCCUACUGUUGGGAGUAAAGAAUGAAACCAACUGUAUAAAAAAAAAACCUUUCCAUUUUAAUAUUCUAGUUUUAGGAAUUAAAAGUUCUGGUUGCUGGGUUGUUUGGUGAUUUGGGGUUUUUUGGGGGUGGGGUUUUUCUUUGUUUGGUUGGGUGUUUUUAAAUUUAUAGUUAUUUCCAGCAGAAACUGCCAAUUGGAUGCCUCUGGGAAUUCUAUCAAGUACUGGGGCUGGGCAAUGCCCCACAAGAUUGUGGGGGGACUGCAGAGCUUCUAAAACUCACUGCAUCUUCUUCUGGAAAUAAACCAGCCAGUCACCACUCCUGUUUGUUACAUAAAUCCUUCUGCUGACCUCCUUUUUCUCAUCCUUGUGUCCUUCCCCUCCAAAAGGCCUGCAUUCACAUGUGGUUUGCAACUAAAAUUGGGUCAGUUCUUCAAGGAAGGCAAACAAGGGGUGGCUGUUGGUUAACUUUGGUAUUUGUGGGUAUUCCUGUUGCUAGGCCCAGGCUGACUUUAUGGUCAGACUUUAUGGAUAGAUUGGGGAUCAGGCAUUACAUUGCUUUCCCCUGUCAUAAGACAGUUCCAAGUCCUUGCAUCCUGACUGGUGAGUUUGCAUGGGUCUCUGAGCAGCUUCUGGCAAUGCUUGUACAUUGCCAUGGAAGGCCCAAGCAGCAUGAUGGUGUCAUGUCCAGGCAGAGGUUACUUGUUCUGGGUUUGUGUUGGAGCAUUGUGCAGACCAUACUGGUCCUGAUUCACAUAGCCCAUGCUGGGAGCUGUCCAACAACCUGUACUCACCAGAUGACAGCAGUGCCUCAGCUGCCCAUUUCCCCUCUUGGUUUUGUUCCCAAGUCCACCUGGCUGCUAGGCCAAUUUGUCCUUACCUGGUGGUUGUAAGCAGUCUGCUGCUGUGCCUUGCAUCAGUAGCAUCUUUCUGAAGCUGGGACACAGGAAGUGUCAGUGUUGUGUCUGAAAGCAGACCCUGAGCAUAUGUCUCCUCAUCCUUCAAAUCCUCCCGGGCCUCUCCAGCUCUGCUUUGAAUGACGGCUGAAAAUGGCUGGGACAGAGAAGAGAACCAGGACUUGACAGUGAAGCUCAUCUGUUUGUCCUUCCAGAAGUAAAAAAAUCUUUCCUUUCUUGCUGAUCUUCCAAGGGCAUAGUGUGUUGUAGGAAAUCGCAUUACAGUGGGAUUCGUGUGAAGGCACUGCUUUCCAUGGCCUGAGUUUAUAUGGAACUUACCCUGCCCCAGCACAUUUCUGCCUAUGGCAAAUUUGUUAAACUGAAAGGCAUCUGUUUGGUUUUG